UGGUUAUGCCCUGGGUCACGAAAUGUAAAACUUAUUAAUUUUUCACUUAUAAUUUCUGAUAAAAAUAGACCAGAACAACUCGCCUAGUUCAAAUAUUAGCCCAUAAUUACUUUAUCAUUCCAUAUGUACCAAAAAUGAAUAUUCUGUGAUAUAACCGUUAGGUAUCGAUCAAUCGAAAUUUUCUGUGGUUGUUGAUUUAAUUUUUGAAUGGGACGAUAUUUGAAUUAGAAUCAAGUAUCAUUAUUGUAAGAUAUUGAAUUAUUGAAGGACUUCAAAUAUUUAAUUAUGAACUAUAUCGAUAAGGAAGUCGAAGAUGAUAUAACAAACAUUUUAGAAGAAUUACAAAACAUUAGAUGUUUAUCUGGAUCAACACUCCAAAAACAACUUCGUUUCAAAGCUGGUAGAUUAAUUGAUAAAUCACAGGAUGAGUUAACAAUGAUACUUCAUUUGGUUGAGUCUCAUAUGCCUGGACUUAAAAUAAGAGCUGAAAUUGAAUGCGAUUCAAAUAUAUAUGAAGGAAAAGAGGAUAAUUGUAUUAUGCAAAAAGAUUAUUUGAAAUCAUUCUCAUCAGAUAUUUUGCUCCAAAAAAUAGCAGAAUUGCCAAAAGAAUGGAUGCUUAUUCAAAUGACACCUCAAUUUUCUUGCAAUGAAAUAUUAGCAAUUAAUUCAGAUGAACUUACAUUAAAUGGUGUUCAUCUAACAGUUUUUAAUUGUGGUCAGAAGGAUGCAGUGCCAUAUUGCAUUACUUUACCAAAGGGUAAUGCAUUCUCUAUUAGAGGAGACAUGAAAAGACUGAAAGCCAAUUUGAAAGAAAUUUAUUCAUUUCCUCAUAAAAAAGUUACAGAGAAUAUGAGUUUGAAAAGUAAAAAAAUGUACCAUAGGAGAAGACUAGAAAUGGAGGAUGUAUUGGAGUGUUUAGUAAAGGAAAUUGAAGAUUCCUGGCUUGGUGCUUGGAAAUGUUUAUUCAUAGGAAAGUUUGUUGAUGAAUCUGUAGAAGCUAAAAUACUGAAAUUAGUGAAGAAAUUUUUGGAUGAAAAUUCACUUCAAUCCUCUACAAAGAAAAUACAAAAUAUACUUUUUCAAGCAGCAAAAGCUCUUAUUAUUUCUGACUCUGAUGAAUCUACCAUAGAUAAAUAUAAUGCUACCAUUUUAGAGUAUUGUUUUCCUGAUAAAAAUCUCAUUGAUUCUUGGAAAGUAUUUUGGAACCAAUAUUCGAACAAAUUACCUAAAAUAGAAAGACAACCAGUUGUUCUUAUUGUAGAUGAGGCCUUAGAUUCUUUUCCUUGGGAAAUGAUUUCUACAUUAGAUGGACAACCAUCAUCAAGAAUAUCUUCUUUGCAUUUACUUUAUGCUCUUUAUAAAGCUCAUAAAGAUACUAUUGUGGAUGGUUACAAAAUAAUAUCUGACCCCUGCAAUGGUAAAUUCAUUUUGAAUCCAGGAUUAGAUCUACAACUUAUGGAGAAAAGACUUAAUAAUUUUUUUAAAUACUGGUUGCCGGAAUGGAAUGGUAUAGUAGGUGAAACACCUACCUCUAAGGAAUUUAUUGAAGCACUCACAUCUGCAGGAAUUUUCUGUUAUAGUGGUCAUGGAUCUGGAGCUCAGUAUUGUUCUUUAGAGAAAAUUCAGAAAGAAAAAAUAGACUCUGUUGUUCUUCUUUUUGGAUGUGGUAGUACUCAGUUAGUUGAACAAGGCCCAUCAAUAGAAAUGUAUGGUACCAGUCAAUUAUACUCAUUAGCUGGAUGUCCUUGUUUGAUUGGUAUGUUAUGGGUUGUAACUGAUAUAGACACUGAUGUCUUAACUACAAACCUUUUAAGUAUGUGGAUACCAAAUGCACAUAAAACACCUUGGCAACUAAUUGAUGAAAAAGAAUGGAUAGAUAAAGGCACUGUUACCACCAACGAAAAAGGGUCAUUGAAUGAAAUACAGAAUGAACCGGAUCUACUCAAAGCAUUAUGUUUAGCAAAAAACAAAAUGAAACAUAACUGUAAUAAAGCAGCUGUUAUAGCAAGAGGAAUACCAGUGAAGCUCAAAGUAAAAAAUCCUUAAAUUGUAAAUAAUUGUUAAAUGGAGAAAUAAGUUUUAUUCUGUAAUAAAUGAUAUAUUGAUCUUUCAAAAUUUACGAUACAUUGAUUAUUUAAAGAA